AUGAAUACGUUGCCGUCUACGACAGGCAACAACCCGUUGGCAGAAGAGAUUGAAGAGGGCUCGGAUCGAUCGCCUUCUCGUACGAUAGACGGCUACUCGGAUACAACCCCGACGAAGGACGCGAGAAGCCCUCGCGGCAAUGACGAUCCCGAGAAGGGCCUGCGAACUUCGACGAAACGAACCAAGUCGUCGAAAAUCAGGAAGGAAGGUGACUUCAUUCUCAAGUGCUUUGGGAUGGCCGCCAAGGCCCAGCAGCGUGCCUGGAGAGAGAAGAUGGGUCUCAUCAGCAUCAUUCUUUUCAUCAUGGGCGUUGUCGGUAUUCCUAUCCGCCAAAACGGACAGGCUGCUAACAUCCUGUUCGACUUGCCGGAAAAGAAUAGCGGCAAAGACGGCAGUUUCCUUUUUCAAAACGUAAAUGGCCGGUGCAAGGGCCUCAUCACCAGGGCUGCCAACUCUGAUGUUGUCACCAACAGCAACGGAGACCUCGGCUGGUAUUUCCCCUGCUCAACUUUCAAUCAGGACGGCUCCAGCCGCCCCAACACUACCUCGCCCCCAUAUGUAGGAUACGCUUGCCACACCAGCACCGCCGCCCGCAAUGCCUUCUAUCGCCAACUGAAGGGUUCGGCAGAUGUCUACUUUACUUGGGAUGAUAUCCGCAACAGUACGCGCAAUCUCAUUGUCUAUUCAGGCAACGUGCUCGACCUGCAGCUUCUCGACUUCUUGGACGAAACCAAAGUCACCAUCCCCAACCGCUUCAAGGAGCUUCGGAACCGAAACACGGCUGUGAAUCAGGCUAUUCGUGGCCGCGAUGUGACUCGUGCUUUCCAGGCAUCCGACGACAAGCAGGUCGCUGAAUGCCUUGAAGAGAUUAUCAAAGUUGGCACGGUAGACACAGAAACCGUUGGCUGUAUUGCAGCCAAGGUUGUCCUCUACUGCACCCUUGUGCUCAUUCUCGCUGUGGUGUGCGCCAGAUUUGUUCUCGCACUCAUCUUCCAGUGGUUCAUUAGCCGCAACUAUGCCGCCUCCAAGACUUCUCAGACCUCGGACAUAAGGAAGAGAAACCGACAAAUUGAGGAUUGGAGUGAGGACAUCUACAGCGCCCCGCCCCGUAUCCCGGGAGAUAUGGGUAGCAGCGUUGCGGGAGCGGGGUCCGAUCGAGGAAGUAAGCGAGGCUCAUUCUUGCCAACCACCUCGCGCUUUUCGUCGGUGAAUGGCCCUGAUCGUAGCCUGAACAAACGUGUCCCGACCACUAUGGCUAGCCAAGGUGCAGGAAGCAGCCUUCAUCCCGGCUCCAUGUACCAGCAGCGUAAUGACAGCAGAACAAGCUUUCUCCGGUCAGAUCCCUAUGCGAGCACCACUAGCCCCACAGAGGGUCCUGGCCCCGCUGGCUUUAUUCACGAAGCGGUCGUGCCCCAGCCUCCCAGUGAUUGGAUGCCAUUUGGUUUCCCUCUUGCUCACGCCAUCUGCCUCGUCACUGCGUAUUCUGAAGGUGCUCAAGGUCUUCGCACAACUCUCGACUCGAUCGCCUUGACAGAUUACCCUAACAGCCACAAGGUCAUCCUGGUCAUCUGUGAUGGUAUCAUCAAGGGCAAGGGCGAAAAGUAUUCGACACCUGAGAUUGUCUUGGGCAUGCUCAAGGACCACGCCAUGGCCCCCGAAGAAGUGCAAGCCUUCUCGUACGUCGCCGUCGCAAGUGGCUCCAAGCGACACAACAUGGCCAAAAUCUACUCGGGAUUCUACGACUAUGGCGCCGAUUCCUCCAUCCCUCUCGAUAAACAGCAGCGCGUCCCUAUGAUGGUCGUGGUCAAGUGUGGCACUCCUGAUGAGAUGAGGACGUCGAAGCCCGGUAACCGUGGCAAGCGUGACAGCCAGAUUGUACUCAUGUCAUUCCUUCAAAAGGUGAUGUUUGACGAGCGAAUGACGGAACUGGAGUACGAAAUGUUCAACGGGCUUUGGAAAGUGACGGGUAUAUCGCCUGACUACUAUGAAGUGGUUCUCAUGGUAGAUGCCGACACCAAAGUUUUCCCCGACAGCCUUACGCACAUGAUCUCGGCCAUGGUAAAGGAUCCCGAAAUCAUGGGACUGUGUGGCGAGACCAAGAUUGCCAACAAACGACAAAGCUGGGUGUCCGCUAUCCAGGUCUUUGAGUACUUCAUCUCUCACCACUUGUCCAAGUCGUUUGAGUCCGUUUUUGGUGGUGUAACGUGUCUGCCCGGCUGUUUCUGCAUGUACCGAAUCAAGGCCCCCAAGGGCGCCCAGAAUUACUGGGUCCCCAUUCUUGCCAACCCUGACGUUGUCGAGCACUACUCGGAGAAUGUGGUCGACACUCUUCACACGAAGAACUUGCUGCUUCUCGGUGAGGAUCGAUACCUAUCAACACUUAUGCUCAGGACGUUCCCCAAGAGGAAGCAGGUAUUCGUGCCCCAGGCCGUGUGCAAGACCACGGUGCCUGACACAUUCAGCGUCUUGCUCUCGCAGCGUCGUCGUUGGAUCAACUCAACCAUCCACAACCUCAUGGAACUUGUCCUCGUGCGUGAUCUCUGUGGCACUUUCUGCUUCAGCAUGCAAUUUGUCGUCUUUAUUGAGCUCAUUGGAACCCUUGUUCUCCCCGCCGCCAUUGCCUUCACUUUCUACGUCAUCAUCAUCUCAAUUAUCAAUUCGCCGCCUCAGAUUAUUCCCUUGAUCCUCUUGGGUCUCAUCCUCGGUCUCCCUGCCAUUCUUAUUGUGGUUACUGCCCACUCUUGGACUUACAUGGGAUGGAUGGUCAUCUACCUCUUCUCGCUCCCAAUCUGGAACUUUGUUCUUCCUGCCUAUUCGUUCUGGAAGUUUGACGACUUCUCCUGGGGCGAUACGCGGAAGACGGCGGAUGAGAAGGUUAAGAAGGGCGGCAUUGAAUACGAGGGAGAGUUCGAUAGUAGCAAGAUCACGAUGAAGAGGUGGGCCGAGUUUGAACGCGACCGCCGGGCACGUCUCCAGUUCUGGUCCUCCAGAGAGAACGUUGCUGGGGGAGCAUCAAGCGCGGGAGGUUGGUCUGCACCUCCUGGGCAAGCCUACCACGACGACUACUACUCAGACGCGUGA